UGAAGAUUUUCCUCUAUCACAAAAUCAUUUGAAUGCGAUUGUAAUUUGCGGCGUUAUAUUAAGUGUAGUAAUUCUGUAUUCAGAGCUAACCCCUGAAAUGAACUUGUACAGAUUAGUGAUCCAAACUGUGAACAGAGAAUCACCACCUCUAAGGAAAUAUCACACAUACUGGGUUGAUAUGGAGCCUUACAUUACCAACAAUUUGAAGCUCUAUAAUAGCUCUAGAUGCAGCGUCCCGAAUUGCAUCUUGGCGAAUAAUAUUUCCAAUGCAGAUAUUGUUGUGUUCAGCCACCGACACAUUCCAAGAAGUACUUUAAAUAAAACAAAAGGUCAAAUUUGGAUUUUUUAUUCCGCUGAAAGUCCAUAUCACACACACAGACCAAAGAAUGGAUGGACCGUUUUGAUUUGUCAAUGUCUUAUAUGGACGAUUCAGAUAUCCAUGUGCCAAUGUAUGGAAAAUUUCAAAAACGACAAAAAAUUCUGAAGAGAAACUACAGUGGUAUAUUAAUCAAUAAAACAAAAGACGCAGUCUGGGUCUCAAGCCAAUGUGUUACCCCUUCAAGGAGAGAAAACUUGGUCAAAGACCUUAGUAAAUACUUAACAGUUGAUACUUAUGGCGGAUGUGGUACUAAGAAAUGUGGUGGUCAAUAUGAUAGACUACCCAAGUGUCAAUCCUUGUUUGAAACACAUUACCGUAUAUACUCGCCUAUAAGUCGGUCCGCCUAUAAGUCGGUUAGAUUUUUUCAGGUUAUUCAACUCCCAAAAUACCGACUUAUAGGCGAGUAUAUACGGUACAAAUUCUAUUUUUCUUUCGAAAAUUCAAUCUGUAAACAGUAUACAACGGAAAAAUUACGUAAUCUUUUCAGCUACAGCGCUACACUAAUUCCUGUCAUCAAUGGACCAAACGAUGCAUCUCGAUAUAUCCCGAAAGGAACGUAUAUUAAUAGUCAGGAUUUUGCUAAUGCUAGUUCACUAGCAACAGAAUUAAAAAGGAUCGGUUCAAAUGAAGCAGAGUAUAUUCGUUAUUUGACGGAAAAAGACAAGUACACAUGCCAAACAGUCGACAAAAUAGUACCUAGUGCACAAUGUACCUUAUGUAAAUAUCUAGUGGAUAUAGAAAAGGGGAAAAAGACAAGAAAAAACAAUUCAUGGUUUAAAAUUUUGGACCCGAAAGUAUUUUGUACAGUUCCAAAAUACUAAAAAUUUUUCAUAAAGUAUU